UCAUAACGACGAAAGGUUGUAAAACAUAAACGAACGGAUAGAUAGAUAUUAUUUUAAAUGUUUUUACUUGUUUUUUUUUUUUAAUGUAUAUACAAAAAAUUUGAAAGAUUGCUUUAAAAGUAAAUAACAGAAAAAAAAGAAAACAGUGAAAUUUCUGCAUGAAAAAAGAUUAUUGUGAAAUGUGAACAAAUUUUCAAAAGAAGUUUUAUAAAUUUUCUUAUUAAAAACAAAAUAAACUAUUAAUUAAAUGACCUUUAAAUAAAUAAACGAAAAUAGUUACUUAUAGUUACACAAUGAAUAAUCCAAACGUUGAAAUUCUUUAAACAGCUAAAAAUUAAUUUAAAAAACCUCUCCAACAACAAUUCUCAUUACUAUUAUGAAAAAUGUUUGUGUUUGUUGAACAUCAUCACCAUCAUCGUUAUUAUUAACAAAAUUUCCAAACUCGUGGAGCAGAGGCAGGCGGUGGCUGCAGGAGUAUUUGAAAAUUAACACACAACUUUUUCAGUUUCUUCUUUUUUGUCUAAAAUUUUGAAAUUAAUAAACAAACUUGCAUCAACAUGACGGUGUGGAGUGAUUGUAAUCCCAAACAAGUCUUUGGAAUUGCAAAAUGUAAUUUCGAUCAAGACGAUAAACCUCAUCGCUUGAAUUUGGAUGUUGGUGAUUCAGUGGUCAUAUUAAAAGAAACCACACAUUGGUUUUAUGGUUAUAAACAAAGAAAUAAAGAACAACGUGGCAUAUUUCCCAAAACAUAUAUACAUUUGUGCGAUUAUAAAAUCGUCAAUGGUGAAUAUUGUAUACAACGCACUGAAAUUGUUGAGGAAAUAACAAAAGUUCUACUAGAAUGGGGCGGUAUAUUGAAACAAUACUUUCUGGACAAUCAUCCCGACUUUCAUACAAUACGCGCCAAAAUGAACAGUUUAAAUAAUAAUAGAGCUUUAUUAAUAUCGGGCAAUUUGCCGGUAGAUGAAAUGCGUACAGUCAAAUUGAUGGCCACCUCACAAAUAGAUACCGGCAACAACCUGUUGGGUUUGGAUAUGGUGGUGCGCGAUGAAAGUGGUGAUAUCUUAGAUACGAAUACGAUCUGCACCACAGAAUUGUAUGAACAUCAUAUGAAUGCGGUUAACCGCAUUAUAAAAGCUAGUCGCCCUCAAAACCAACACAUGGGUCCUAAACCCUAUAAGAAUUUCUCUCAUAAUAUACUCUUACAUGUAAAUGCUUUUGUUUGUAAAUUCCAAGAGGAUUCGGAUUUAAUAUUUACAUUGUUUGAUGGGGAGUCACAUCGACCUAUUAGUGAGAAUUAUGUAGUCAAAUGGUCACGCACUGGCAUUGCCCGGGACAUUGAUCAAUUCGAUAAUAAUCGUGUACUCUUUACCGAUCUCAGUAAGAACGAUGUCAGCAUACCGAAAAUGUAUUUGGUUUGUUAUGCGGUGCGCAUUGGUUCCAUGGAAAUGAAAGAGAACGAUUCGAAACGUACCAGCAUUACAAACACCAUGUUAACAGCAGCCAGUAAGAAACACUCACAGCUUUCAAUUAGUUCCAGUGGUUCGUUUAGUGGCUCAGAAUACAUAAUGAGAAGACCGUUUGGUGUGGCCUACAAGGAUUUGACACCCAUCAUUAACAAGCCAGAUGAUUUCAAGGGUAAUUUGGAUAUGCCCUUUAUACUGUGUGAAAAGGAUAGUUUAGAUGGCACUUUGAGAAAAUUAAUAGCCAACAAGGAUAUAGGCAAAAUAGAUUCCCGCAUGUGUGUUACGGUAGAGGUAUUGCAAGGUGAUAUUAAACAAAUCAAAGAAGAAUUUCCGCGACUUUUACAUACAAAUGUGCCCAUAGCGCGUAAAAUGGGUUUUCCAGAAGUUAUAUUACCCGGUGAUGUGCGCAAUGAUUUGUAUUUAACCCUCUGUUCGGGAGAAUUUGCGCGUAUAGCAAAAACCUCAGAAAAGAAUGUAGAGGUAACAAUAACAGUAUGCAACGAACAGGGUCAAAUGGUGCCGGGUGUCAUGAGUAUAGGGUCUGGUCUAGCGCCCAUAGAUGAAUACAAGUCGGUGGUUUAUUAUCACGAUGAUAAACCCAAAUGGUUGGAAACUUUUAAGAUACAUGUCCCUAUAGAUGAAUUCAAACAGUGUCAUUUAAAAUUCGUAUUCAAACAUCGCAGCUCUAAUGAACAAAAAGAUAAAUCAGAAAAACCUUUUGGUCUAUCCUAUAUAAAGCUAAUGCAAGAUAAUGGCACCACUAUAACACAAGGACAACAUACUUUAGCCGUUUACAAAAUUGAUCAUAAAAAACUGGAUAAAGCCAACUCUAAUAAUUUACACAUGGAAUUACCCUCCACUAUUAAUGAAUUACAAGGUGCCAAACCAUCAGUGCCUGGUUUGUCGCUGCUGCCCAAAGACCAAUUGGUUAUAGGUGUUAAUCUUUGCAGUACCAAGCUUACACAAAGUGUUAUACUUUUGGGUCUCUUAAAUUGGUCGGCACACAAGGAAACUUUAGAAGAAUCAUUAAAUGCUUUGUCUAAUGUGCCAGGCGAAGAGGUUGUGAAAUUUUUACAAGAUAUCUUGGAUGCUUUAUUCAAUAUUUUAGUGGAAAAUGAUGAUCCCGCCAAAUAUGAUCAAUUAGUGUUCAUGAGCAUAAUACAUCUGAUAGAAACUGUAUCGGAUUUAAAGUAUCAACAUUUUCUAACUGUACUAGAUGUCUAUAUAAAUGAAAGCUUCUCAGCAACACUGGCUUAUGCCAAACUUAUUGAUGUUUUACAAAAGAAUAUUAAAGAAGCUAUUGAACCCAAAGAGAAGUCAGCAGAUGGCAUUGAAAUUGAUGAACGUAUUGAGGUUAAACGUCUUUAUAAGACCACCAGAUAUUUACACUAUGUAAUGAAAUUUAUCAUACGUUCACGCAUCUUAUUCUCCGCCAUUAAUGAUAAUUCAGAUUAUGAUGAUUUUGCCAAUAAAUUGCAUGAACUUUUGGAAAUGUUUAUUAAAAUGAUAGCUUGUCCCACAGAUCUGUUAAAAUCAGAAGGAGCUUUAUUAAAAAAUCUACACAUUAUAGCCACUGAUUUAAUGCAGGUGUUUGAUCCUGUGCGCUUAAGUAUUGUUAUUGUAAAUAUAUUGAAACAAUUUCCUCCCCGCCGUUUAACCCAAUCGAAAAUGGGUUGCAUUAAGGAUUUUGUGGAUGCAAAAUUGUUCUAUUUACCCGAAUGUCGUGCUAUUUUAUUACCCGUCUUUUGUAAUCAUAUUAAGGAUCGUCUGGAAAGUAAGGAAGAGGGUGACACCAAAUCUGAUAUAUGGCAACAAGAAAAAAAUCUUUCGAAAGCAGCUAAAGUUCUUGGACAAUUAAAAUCUCAACUGCAUACUCGUGAAACAACAGCCAAACAAAAGGUUACAGAAUGUAUAAAUAUUAUGAACAACAUUCUUAAACUACUCUACCGUAAGGAUAUUGGACAGACACACAACGAUGUACGCGAUAUUAUGCUCAUACUCUUGCGUACUGUCAUUAAAACUUCUCAGGCGCUGGAUCGCGAAAAUCAAUUGGUUGGCAAUUUGGUAGCCAUUAUGUUGGGCAUACUACAACGCAUGGAUGCUUCACAUUAUGAGACUUUUGUUAAACAUUUAAAUAAUCGUUUUGAGUUGCAAGAUUUCAUCAUUGAAAUCUUAUUGGUUUUUGAGGAAUUGGUAUCACCUCAUCAGAAGACCGUAUUUCCACGUGAUUGGAUGGAUAUGAUAAUGCAUCAGAACACUGUUAUUUUGGGCUCUUUGCAACAUUUGUCGGUCGUCAUUGUAGAUCAUUUCUUCGAUCCAUUUGAGAAACAAGUUUGGUCGAAUUUCUUUCAAUGUUCGAUUGCGUUUUUGAUUCAGUCGCCUCUACAGCUAAAUGACUUCAAUGAUAAUAAGCGCCAGGUAAUAUUUGCUCGCUACCGUGAUAUACGCAAAGAUACUGCUCAAGAGAUUCGUAAAAUGUGGUUCCAAUUGGGUGAACACAAGCCGAAAUUUGUACCCCAAUUGGUGGAACCUAUUUUAGAAAUGAGUAUGAUUCCCGAAGUGGAACUAAGAAAAGCCACCAUACCCAUCUUCUUCGAUAUGAUGCAGUGUGAAUAUUAUAGUUCCAAACUAAUUCAUGACAGCUAUGGUGAUACCAAACGCAAUAAUGCUCACUACAAGGCCAAUUUCAAUGACUUUGAAACUGAAAUGAUUGAGAAACUUGAUAUACUAAUCGGAGCCGGUAAAGGAGACGUGGAAUAUAAGGAAUUAUUUGCCGAAAUUCUUUUGGAAAAAUGUAGUGCACAUAAUAUUUUAAAUACCGAGGGUACCAAGUUUGUUAAUAUGGUUACAAAACUAAUGGAUCGUUUACUGGAAUACCGCUGUAUCAUACAGGAUGAAAGUAAGGAAAACCGUAUGGCUUGUACCUUCUCCCUGCUGCAGUUCUAUUCCCUGGUUAACCGCAAAGAAAUGUACAUACGUUAUGUAUAUAAAUUAUGUGAUUUACACAUGGAAUUUGACAAUUAUACCGAAGCGGCUUUUACCUUGAAAUUGCACACCGAACUGUUAAAUUGGAAUGAUACUGAACUAUCGCCUUUACUAAGAUCCCAUCGUCAUAUACAAUGCCGCACGCACCGAGAGUUGAAAGAAGCUCUAUACUUUGAGGUCAUUGAUUAUUUUGACAAGGGCAAAAUGUGGGAAUGCGCCAUUGAUAUGUGCAAGGUUCUAGUGCAACAAUAUGAAAACGAAAUUUACGAUUAUAUCAAAUUGGCCGAUUUGCUUAAGAAAAUGGCCCUCUUCUUUGAGAAGAUAUUGAAAGAAAUGAGACAUACUUCAGAAUAUUUCCGUGUUUGCUUUUAUGGUUUGGGUUUCCCCAGAUUUUUGCAAAACAAGGCCUACAUCUAUCGUGGCAAGGAAUAUGAACGUUUAAGUGAUUUUAGUACACGCAUAUUAGUGCAACAUCCUCAGGCUGAGCUAAUGCACACUCUGGAACUGCCGGGAGAAGAUAUAACACAAGGUGAUGGUCAAUAUAUACAAAUUAACAAAGUUGAACCCAUAAUGGAUGAGUCGUGUGCCAAGUUUGAUGACAAAAUUAUUUCAAAUGAAAUAAUCAAAUAUUUCACCAACAACAAUGUACAAAAGUUCAAAUACUCACGACCCUAUCGCGAGAGUAGUAGUGGUGAUACGGAUGGUGUAAGAAAUCUGUGGUUGGAACGUACCAUCUUGACCACCCAAUUCCCCUUGCCGGGCAUACUAAGAUGGUUCCCAGUAGUAGAUUCUAAUACAUUUAAGAUUACACCCAUUGAACUGGCGGUUGAGACUAUGAAAUCGACCAAUAAAGAUAUCAGAGAUUUGAUUAUUGCCCAUAAGAACGAUGAAAACUUACCCAUCAAUCAGUUGAGCAUGAAAAUCAAUGGUAUUGUAGAUCCAGCUGUCAUGGGCGGUUUCAGCAAAUAUGAAGAUGCUUUCCUCACCUGCGAUUAUUUAGAAGAGCAUCCUAAUCACAAAGAGCUAGUAGAUGAAUUAAAGGAUUUAAUAGCUUCUCAAAUACCUUUAUUGGAAAUUGCAAUUUCUCUGCAUAAACAAAAGGCACCCGAAAGUUUGAAACUUUUCCAUGAACGCAUGGAAAGUUGUUUUGCCGAUAUGCAAGCAAAUGUUGAAGCCAAAUAUGGCAAAAAGUCUUGCGAUUUAAAGAUUGAUCGAGAUUCGGUUAUAAUGCGACGCAAUAACUCUUUCUUACCCAACAUGUUUGACAACAACAAUCGCUUGUCUGAAACCAGCAUGGGUUCAUCAGAUAGCGGACUAUCGAAAUCAACCUCUUCCGUUAGACCUCAAACGAAUUCGAUUAAAUCCACCUUUGGGUUUGCUUUUAAUCCCAGACCCAGUUUAGGACAUUCGCCCAGCACGAAGAGCAAAACGAAGGAUAAGACACCCUCAAAGAGAAGAUCAAUUAAAAAGUUGGAUCGCGAAACAUUAAGUCUACCAGUGGCGAAUAGUCAGUGGUAUACAACACCUUUAAGUACCAUAACAUCAACGCCUGAAAGAGAUUCUAAUACAUCUAUAAUAAGUGCUUCCAAUACCUCGUUGUCAUCUGUCAAAACACCUGAUCCAAAAGUGCUCACAGAAGAGCUAACACCCAAAAGACCUUUACGCUCGGAAAAGGAAAAAGAAAGACGUUUAUCACGUCCGGCUAGUAUAGCUACUCCUACAGCCAGUAUGAAGGGAUUCUCGGCGGCCGAUUCUCAAUCGCUAUCGGGUGCUGAAAGCAGCAACCGCAAUUCAGUCGACACCACCGAUUCAACAUCGGAAGAAGACCUCAUACCACCACCACUACCCGCCAAAACAAGAGACUCUACCGACUUUACAAGCCUCAAUUAUAGUUUGGAUUGGAAUAACGGUUCAUUUUCAUUGGGUGGUGCCAUGAGUCCAACUGGUACAAUUACCAGAACCACUUCCUGCUCCACUACUACCAGUAUUGUCAACACAUCAUACGAAUAUGUUGAAGCUAAAAAUUUCAUUAUCACAUCGACUACUUUAGAUGACAAAAAGAGGCCGCCCACGCCUCCACCAAAGCCAUCGAGGAAUAGCAAACACAUUCCAUAGUUUUUCAGGUUUCAAAAUGGAAAAUAUUCGUGUUAACAAAAAAAAACAAAGUGACCAAAGUUAAGCCAUAAUACAUAAAUAAAUAAUAUUUAAACAAAAACAAUAAAAUAAAUAUUUAAAAAGAAGUAAACAAGUGCCAAAAAAAAAAACAUAAAACUAAAA